AUGGGCCCCUGUACCGCCUCCUCAUGCUGCUGCCAGGCCCGUAAUCUGCCAUGGGCCCCCGUACCGACUCCUCAUGCUGCUGCCAGGCCCGUAAUCUGUCAUGGGCCCCUGUACCGCCUCCUCAUGCUGCUGCCAGGUCCAGAGUGUGUCAUGGGUCCCUGUACGGCCUCCCAUUGCUGCUGUCUCCAUCGCCACACUCUGCCAUGUGCCACUUUCAGGUCUCCUCACACUGCUGGUGGUUCCAUUUUUUCAUAGGGUGCUGUAUGGCCUCCCAUUGCUGCUGCCUCCACCGCCACACUGUGGCUCCACACUCUGGUUUUGGCCCCGUGACUGCCCAAAUGAGUGAAGUGUGCGGUGAUUCUAAGAUCGACGGCACUCAUCUGCAUGUCAUGUCAUACUGACUGACAGUAUUAUUUCUCUUCCCCAGCAGACUCCAAGGGCAUUUAAAUUAAAGGUACAGUGUUCUGCACUAAUAUAA